AUGUCUCUUCGCCAUGGCAAAGAAUUCCUGAUGAUUCCAGGACCGACCAACGUCCCGGAGGAGGUUCUGAGGGCCAUGCACCGCCCUGCGGUCGACAUCUACGAGGGCCCGCUGCUGGAAACGACAGACUAUUGCCUCACGAGCCUCAAGCAGCUUUUCCGCACGCAAGGCCGAACCUACAUCUACGCCGCAAACGGGCACGGUGCGUGGGAUGCCGCUUUGUGCAACACGUUGAACCGGGGCGACAAAAUACUCGUUCUGGAAUCCGGCCGCGUUGCACUCGGCUGGGGCGAAGCGGCGGAAAUUACGGGCCUGACGGUCGAGAUUCUGCCAGGCUCAUGGAAAGCAGGCGUCGACCCCGCCCGGCUGGAAGAUCGACUGAAACAGGACACCGCACACGAGAUUGCCGCUAUCCUGGUUGUUCAGGUUGAUACCGCGUCCGGUGUCUGGAACGACAUCGAGGCGUUGCGGAAAGCAAUCGACGCUGCCGGACAUCCGGCACUCUUCAUGGUCGACACCAUCGCCUCGCUCGGAUGCAUGCCCUUUGAAAUGGACGCCUGGGGAGUAGAUGUUGCGCUGACCGGAUCACAGAAAGGCCUCAUGUGCCCGCCCGGUCUGUCCUUUGUCGCCGCAAGCCCAAAGGCUGACAAGGCGCACGAAAACGCAAACCUUCGAACCAACUACACGGACUGGACGUUUCGCCAAGGUCCGGAGCACUACCAGAAAUAUUGCGGUACGCCGCCCGAACAUCUCCUUUAUGCAUUUCAAAAGGCACUUGAGCUUCUGUUUGGCGAAGGGGUCGAGAACGCCUGGAACCGUCACGCCCUGUUGGGUGAGGCGACCCGGCGAGCCGUUGCCGAAUGGUCCAGAGAGGGCGCGCUGGACUUCAAUAUCAGUGAACCGCAUGCCCGCUCCAACAGUGUCACGGUGGUUCGUCUCGAUAGCGCCCACGCCACCGCCCUACGCACCUUCACCAAGGAAAUAUGCGGCGUGACAAUUGGCGGAACAAUCGGCGAGAUCUCCGGCGAAGGUAUCCGCAUCGCGCAUAUGGGACAUGUCAACGCGGUCAUGUUGCUCGGAACCCUUUCCACAAUCGAGCUUGGACUUGAAACCCUGAAAAUCCCCUAUGGAAAGGGAGGCGUUCAGGCGGCCAUCAGCUACCUGUCGGAAGCCAUUUAG